CUACACGGACUACGUUUAAUAUUAUUUAUAUAAAUUCAUAGUCAUUAUUAACAUCGGGAGUGAAUGUCUCUACACCAUACCGCUGACUGACAUCUCCCGAAUUCAGUUUUAUCGGUAAUUGGACGGUAGAACUGGACGAGACGUGAAAAGAAAUUCACUGACGUUUCGCAUCAUGACACAUGAGGACACGAAGGUGAUCCCAGUGCGGGUUGCCUUGCGAUGUCGACCGUUAGUGAGAAAAGAAAUCAAUGAGGGGUGUCAGUGCUGUCUCACUUUUGUGCCGGGGGAACAACAGGUGGUUGUCGGCACAGAAAAGGCUUUCACCUACGACUACGUGUUUGAUCCCACUGCUGAACAGGAGGAAGUGUUCAGCACGGCUGUGUCCCCGUUGUUGAAUGGACUUUUCAAAGGUUACCACGCCACUGUUCUGGCGUACGGACAGACGGGCUCUGGAAAGACUUUCUCCAUGGGAGGGACGUACACAUCAUCUCAGGAGAAUGAUCCCUCAGUUGGAGUCAUUCCUCGAGUCAUCGGCAGGAUCUUCAGUGAAAAAGAGAAACGAGCAGACUGUGAAUUCUGUCUGGCUGUAUCUUACCUGGAGAUCUAUAAUGAAGAUAUAUUAGACUUAUUGUCUUCAUCUAAAGAUAAACCUGCCAUCAGCAUUCGGGAAGACCCAAAAGAAGGCAUUAAGAUCGUCGGCUUGACCGAGACUCGAGUCUUUUCUGCACAGGAGAUGGUUUCUUGCCUGGAGGUGGGAAACUGUGCUCGCACUGUGGGCUCCACGGCCAUGAACGCAGCCUCUUCACGCUCUCACGCCAUCUUCACCAUCACACUGGAGCAGCGCAGGGGGCCAGAAAAAGUCGACUCCAUUGUUUCGAAGCUGCACCUUGUUGAUCUGGCUGGUUCAGAAAGACAAAAGAAAACCAAAGCAGAGGGGGAUCGAUUGAAGGAAGGCAUCAGCAUCAAUCGAGGCCUUUUAGCUUUGGGUAACGUGAUCAGUGCUCUGGGGGAUGAAAGCAAGAAACACACGUUCGUUCCGUACAGAGACUCCAAGCUCACCCGUCUGCUUCAAGAUUCGUUGGGAGGCAACAGCCACACGUUGAUGAUCGCCUGUGUGAGUCCAGCAGACUCAAACAUGGAGGAGACCAUCAACACCCUGCGCUAUGCAGACAGGGCUCGCAAGAUCAAAAACAAACCCGUCGUCAAUGUUGAUCCCAGAGCGGCGGAAAUGGACCGACUGAAAAAACAGGUUCAGGAGCUGCAGGUGAUGCUCCUUCAUGCCCGUGGAGGUGUCGCUCCGGCGCUCUCGGGGCCUGAGUCAGCGGAGAAAGUAACUAAACUGGUGGAGAGAAACCGCGCUCUGCAGGACGAGAACAGCAAGCUGAGCAGAGAGCUCAGUGAGGCGGCUGGACAGACGGCGCUCAUGUUUGAAAAGAUUAUUAUGACAGAACAAGCAAAUGAGAAGCUUCAGAGUAAACUGGAACAGUUGCAGCAACAUGCAGCCUGUACAGUCAAUCUCCAGAAGGUGCUGGAGACUCUGGAGGACCAGGAGCUAAAGGAGAAUGUCGAGGUGAUGAGGAACCUGCAGGACAUCAUCUUGGAGCUCAAGAGUGAGAGUGCCGGCAUUGCGGCUUCCAUCGACGCGAUGGCUGCAGGGGAAGAAUCCUCUGAGGCAGCUGGGAACGGCAGUGCAAAUGAAUCUCCAUCGGAUGCUGGCGCCGUCAAAGACUCCCCGGAGGCCUUCACGGCCCAUCAUGCACUGCGCCAGGCCCAGCUCUCCAAAGAGCUGAUCGAGCUCAACAAAGUGUUGAGUCUGAAAGAGGCGUUCGUCAAGAAGAUGUGCCAGAAUGACAGCCAGCUGGAGCCGAUGCAGUCCGAGCAUCAGAAAAAUUUCCAAGCUCUUCAGUCUUCAGUGGAUUCGCUGCAGAAGGAGAAAGAGGAGCUCAUCUUGGCUCUUCAGUCCGCAAAGAAAGACUCCAACCAGGCCAAGCUGAGCGAGCAGCGGAGGAAGAGGCUGCAGGAGCUGGAGGGCCAGCUCGGAGACAUGAAGAAGAAGCUCCUGGAACAGUCCAAGCUGCUCAAAGUGAAAGAGACGGCUGCUCAGAAAGUAAACAAUCUCAUGCAGGAGAUACAGGCCAUGAAGACCCAGCGAACGCAGCUAAUGCGGCAGAUGAGAGAGGACUCGGAGAAGUUCAGACAAUUUAAGAGCAAGAAGGAUCGAGAGGUGCUGCAGCUGAAAGAGAAGGAUCGUAAACGACAGUACGAGUUGCUCAAACUUGAGAGGGAUUUCCAGAAACAGGCCAGCGUCCUGCGUCGUAAAACGGAAGAGGCCGCAGCUGCAAACAAGAGGCUGAAAGACGCCUUGCUGAAGAGAAGCGAGGUGGCAGAUAAACGUAAAGACAACCAGAGCAGAGGCACGGAGGGAGCUGCUGCAAGAGUGAAGGCUUGGCUUCUCAAUGAGGUGGAAGUGAUGGUCAGCACGGAGGAGGCCCGGCGCCACCUCAACGACCUGCUGGAGGACAGAAAGGUCCUGGCCCAAGAGAUCACCCUCCUCAAAGAGCAGAUUGAGGCCGGAGAGAAGCCCGCUCAGAAGAUCCGGCGCCGGACGCUGACCCUCUCUGAGCUGGAGAGCCAGGGGGCGCUGGAGACGCCGCUCACCAAGCAGCUGGAGAACCUGCAAACAGAAAUGGGGCUCAGGAACGCUCAGAUCGCUGAUCUCCAGCAGAAGGUUCUCAUGGCGGACAGCGAGUCCCGUCUGAAGCAGCGCGUCGACGGCCUCUCCAGCAUCGUGGAGGCAAAGUGCGCCCUGAGGCUCCUGGUGUCUGAGCUGCUGGCUACCAAAGCGGUGAGCUCCAAGCUGGAGAGCGAGCUGAAACAGGAGCAAGGAAACGUUCAAGAUUUGCGUAAAAGGCUGAUGGAUGAGCGAAACCUCAUGUCAACCAUGGACAUGGAGCACCAGCAGCAGCUGGUGGAGCUGGAGCAGAGACACCAGGCGGAGGUCAGCUACUUCCUGAACCAGCUGAAGAACAAACCAGCCUGUGAGGAGAAGAACGAAGCCAAGCAGAAAGACGAGGAGAGCUCCAAGGAGAAGGAGCUUCUCCAGCGACUCAGAGUCCAGGAGGAGGAGCUCAAAAAACUGCGAGGCCUGAGUGAGCAGAACCAGAAACUGGCGGAGGAGAAUGAGCAGUACAGACAGAAACUGUCUCUGCUUCAUUUGGCGAGCGGGAAGAAAGUCCUUGUGCCUCCAAGCUCCAAUCAACAGAACGAUGACUCGUUUGAAUAUGUUCCUCCUAAACCCAAGCUGAAGCGUUUCACCGUGGCCAGAGUGCCGCUGAACGCCACCAUCAACAUCGACGAGCUGAUGUCGCCCAGCGAGGACGAGGAGGACGACGAGGACUGGAAGCCCGAGAAACCGGAGAAGGGACGCAGAGCCUCCAAGAAACCGAAAGCAGUGGGGUGUGCGUGUAAAGGCCGCUGCAGCAACAAGCAGUGCCGGUGCCGCAAAGGGAAGCUGACGUGUGGGGAGAACUGCCAGUGCGACCACGAGAAAUGUCGAAAUAUGGAAACGCAAGCGCCUAUCCAGGAGGUGAGUCACACAGAAAGCGCCGCCCAGGACUCGGUGGGCUCUCAGGACGCCCCGGCCGGCAGCCCGGAGAACUCCACCUUCUUUAAGCCGCCCUCCUGCACGCCCACCAAAAAGGUGCUGCAGGAAAUCGGAGACCUGGGACACUCCAGCGGCGAAUUGAAGCUGGUCAGGAAGGCGCUCCUGGAGGAGGAGGAGGAGGAGGAGGAGGAGGAAGACUCCUUCGAGGAGGACAAAACGACAGUCAGCUUCCUCAAGAAGAAGAAACGGCUCCUGACAAGUUUCCAGAACAGUUUUUUCUCCGGCUGCACGCCAGUCAGAGAAGAAUUGGAGUGACGGAGGCGGUCGGAGGACUUGUUCGCUCUAUGUGUCUCGUGUUGGUGUCGUCUUUUUUUCAUGUGAUUAAAGUGUACUGCGGGUCGAGCGUCGUCAUUAAUUCUAAAACACUUUUCAGUAGGGGCUGUGAAUGGAACGAUCAACAAAUAUGUAUAUUGCUUUUAGCUUGGUGCCUUCCGUCACAGUAAAUGAUUUAGACUAGGAACUUUAUUUACUAAUGUAAAUUCAUCUUUCACACUCAUCUCGACCUGUGCUUUUAGUAUCGAAGUGGAAUAAAGUCUGAAAUGGACAAAUUGAUUUUGUUUUAGAGACAUUGUAACAUCUUUGAGGCUUUCAGUCCGUCUGUUACAGUGAUUGUUUUACUGCUGAUGAGGGGAAGGGAAUGUGUAGCAGAAUGGUUAUAUAGAGAAUA